AGGCCUGCGCCGGCGGCUCUGCCAUGACCCAGUCGGUGGUGGUGCAGGUGGGACAGUGCGGGAACCAGGUGGGAUGCCGUUUCUGGGACCUGGCGCUGCGGGAACACGCCGCUGUCAACAAGAAGGGAAUUUAUGAUGAAGCCUUAAGCAGUUUCUUUAGGAACAUAGAUACAAGAAGUGGUGAUAAUGGUCCUGAUAUUUACAAAGGAAAAAUCUGCUCUUUAAAAGCACGAGUAAGACAAUCUAUAAAGGCACUGUUGAUUGACAUGGAGGAGGGUGUAGUAAAUGAAAUUCUACAGGGACCAUUGAGGGAUGUGUUUGAUAGCAAGCAGCUUAUCACAGAUGUUUCUGGUUCAGGAAACAACUGGGCUGUAGGUCAUAAGAUAUAUGGCUGUCAGUACCAGGAAAACAUAGUGGAAAAGCUGAGAAAAACUGCUGAGCAUUGUGACUGUCUACAGUGUUUCUUUAUAAUUCAUUCCAUGGGAGGUGGGACAGGAUCUGGUCUUGGAACUUUUGUACUAAAUUUGCUUGAGGAGGAAUUCCCAGAAGUAUAUAGAUUUGUUACUUCAGUUUAUCCUUCUGGUGAAGAUGAUGUUAUUACUUCUCCAUAUAACAGUGUUCUGGCUAUGAAGGAGCUUAAUGAACAUGCAGACUGUGUGCUACCAAUAGAGAAUGAAUCUCUGUUUGAGAUAGUUAAUAAAAUUCAUCAGAUGAUCAAUUCUGGGAAGUUAGGAUCAACUGUGAAGCAAAACAGCUUGGUAACAUCAAGUGCAGGCAGUGCAAAAACACUACAAGAGAAGCCAUUUGAUGCAAUGAAUAACAUUGUAGCCAACUUGCUGCUGAACCUGACAAGCUCUGCUAGAUUUGAAGGUUCCCUAAACAUGGAUCUUAAUGAAAUCAGCAUGAAUUUGGUUCCAUUUCCUCGACUUCAUUAUUUGGUUUCAAGCUUGACUCCUCUGUAUACGCUGGCAGAUGUUAAUGUUCCUUCUAGAAGGUUGGAUCAGAUGUUCUCAGAUGCAUUUAGCAGAGAUCAUCAACUAAUUCAAGCAGAUCCAAAGCACAGCCUCUAUCUGGCCUGUGCACUUCUUGUUCGAGGAAAUGUGCAGGUUUCAGACCUUCGCAGAAAUAUUGAAAGGUUGAAGCCUUCUCUGCACUUUGUCUCCUGGAAUCAAGAGGGCUGGAAAACUGGUUUGUGUUCAGUACCUCCUGUGGGCCAUUCCCAUUCCCUUCUGGCUUUAGCAAACAACACCUGUGUAAAACCAACUUUCAUUGAACUCAAAGACAGAUUUAUGAAGCUCUACAAGAAAAAGGCUCACCUUCACCAUUAUCUGCGAGUAGAUGGGAUGGAGCAAAGCUGUUUUUCAGAAGCUAUAUCCUCUUUGUCUGACCUAAUAGAAGAGUACAAUGAAUUGGAUGCUACAAAAGGUGGGCCUAGAAUAGAUCCUUCAAGACUGAAGAUAGCUGUUUAAAGAAGGAAGAACUGAUUUUAAAAACAACAACAACAAAAAAGCACUUUUCCUAAGCAUCCAGCCACUUCAGUUAACCAGAAUGACUCGCAGCAUGCCUGGCUAUUGUAAUUCCAAAGUGGGUCCAGCACAACAGCUUCCUUACCUCAAGUGUUGUCAUUAAGUGGUGAGCCAUGCCUGUGAGAAAGAUUUGAAGGCACCUAAUUGUGGCUGGUACCAGUAAGCGCAGUAAUCCUAACUGUGGAGUAAAUUGACACGCAAUAUGCUGUGAAGAAGAGGAGGAGAGGAUGCAUGUAGCAGCCAAAAAUGUAAUUAUUUUCUCAGACUUUCAACUUACAGUAAACUAAAGGUUGGUCUUGCUUCAAAGAAGGAUCACCGUUGCGAGAUUUAGUUUUUAACAAGCAACUACGAAGAGAAGAAAAGCCUAUGUAGUCUUUUCAAAGAUGAAAGCAAGUCUCUAAUGAAACUGCUCUCUUGCACUUUGCUGUAGACAUUUCAGAAUGCUCUAAGCUAUGUUCCUCAUUUUAGUAUUUCUGCUCCUGUGUUGUAGUUAACUAUAUUAGAGGAUUCUCAGUUAAUAACAAAAUCAGCAAUAACAGAAAAUAAAUUUUGUUUCAAGUAUUAUGCUUGGAGUAUUAAUUAAUGUUUUAAUGAUGCAUAUUCAUGAAUGCUGAGUUGCACUUGAUAAUGAGAUAAUACAGAAUACCUCCGAGUGAAACGUGCACUUAUGAUGAAGUUAUAAUGACCAUUUGGAGAAAAACACUUAUAGCCUUGAAAGAAUGCAAGUAAAAUAGAUGUUUCAAUAUUUAUAAUUAUCAGGGUAUCAAGCAGCUUUUUAUAUUACAGUAAGAAUUUUUACAAAAGGGAAUGUACAACUAUUUCCAGUUGCUUGCCAGUGAACUGUUACAGAUCAGAAUGGAUUGAUGCAAUGAUUUCUUGAAAUUUAAAGUCCUUCUAGUACAGUUGGAGUGGAUAUGUAAGUAAGCACAAUUUUGAAUGUAUAAGCCCAGAAGUAUUCAAUAAAGUGUUGUUAUAACAUUUGUUGAGAGCGUUUUUAAGAAAAUGUUCUAAAAAUAUUAAUUUUCUUAAGUCUUGCAUCUAUUAUCUGCAGUUGCCCACUUAUUUGUUCCUUUGCACAUCCUGUGUUUAUAACACUAGAGAAAGACUAUCUUGUUGCAAAAGGCAGUCUGAGUUUAAAGUUGACAACUUUUGUUUCAAUGUUUCAGCAUUGAUGUGUUUUACUAUUUCAGAUGUAUAGCAGAAAAUGUUAAUUUAAGAAUGAUAGAUAAAGCAUUACAAGGCAAUAUUUUUUUCCCAAGAGGUUGGAGCAUUUAUUUGUAUUUGUAGGCAAAAGCUUGUUACAGGGGUUAUGAAGCUCUCUUGCUGUACCUUUCACAGUCACCGAGAGUUCUUGUUUGAGCACUGCUGGUGUUAGAUACAUUCCUGAGAAGGAUGUAUUUCCCCAUAUAAAAACAAUUGCAUUUAAAAAGAUGCUCUCUGGCACUGUACAGGUGCUAUUUAAUAAAUGAGUGAAUAUUCACGUGUGUAUUUUCAUUAUAAACACUGCUGUGGCAGGGGUUAUGCUGACUCUUCAGGCUGUGAAUGUGCUGUUGC